CGAGCUCAACCAUCCAGUUUGACAAAUCAAUACAUUACAGCUGAUCGUACCUUUAUAUAAACGGGUGAUAGCACUCGAAGCCGUUUUGGCUUAUUUUUUUUAACAAUAUCCAAACAUAUUUGAUCGUUUUUGAUGCGCAAACCACAAUGCACAGAGUCAAAGUAAUCUUCGACCAUUUGUCUCCGUCCAGAACCGCCGCACUCGAACGCGAUUUGUCAAGGCGUGAAUGCAGCUCAGCUGCAGGCGGAGAUCCACAUGACGUUGUCGUUGUCCACGGCCGGAGGACGGCGAUUGGGAAAGCCAAAAGAGGUUCAUUUAAGGACACCACACCCGAUGAGCUGCUGAGUGCAGUGAUGGCAGCCGUCCUGGCAGAUGUGGGUUUGUCAGCCGACAAGCUCGGAGAUGUCUGUGUAGGUAAUGUGCUACAGCCCGGGGCAGGAGCGUUGAUGGCUAGAAUAGCACACUUUCUUAGUGGGUUUCCAGAUACUGUGCCUGUAUACACUGUCAACAGACAGUGUUCCUCUGGACUACAGGCCCUGUUUAACAUAGCAGGAGCCAUUCGGAGUGGGUCCAUCGACAUGGGCCUCGCCUGUGGUGUGGAGAGCAUGUCGCUGCGCUCCAUCGGUAGCCCAGGAGACGUCAGUUCCAGGCUAAUGGAAAACGAUAAGGCCAGGGACUGCAUCAUGCCAAUGGGCAUCACUUCGGAGAAUGUGGCCGAGCGAUUCGGGGUCUCUAGAGAGAAGCAGGACGCCUUCGCUCUCGCGUCUCAUCAAAAGGCGAGCAGAGCGCAGAAAAUGGGCCUCUUCGAUCAGGAAGUUGUUCCGGUCGCCACCAAGUUUGUGGACGAGGAGGGUAAAGAACGCGCCGUGACGGUUACUAAGGAUGAUGGGAUUCGGCCCGGGACAACGUUGGCAGGGCUAGCUAGGCUCCGACCGGCCUUCAAAGCUGACGGCAGCACCACAGCAGGAAACUCUAGCCAGGUGAGUGAUGGAGCAGCAGCAGUUCUGGUGGGUCGCAGGUCCGUUGUGGAGGCCUGUGGUCUCCCAGUCCUGGGGGUCCUCAGGGCCAGUGCAGUGGUGGGGGUGCCACCUGAUGUCAUGGGCAUCGGACCGGCCUAUGCCAUCCCCGCAGCACUGGAGCAGGCCGGGCUGACUGUGGCUGAUAUUGACGUGUUUGAAAUCAAUGAGGCCUUCGCCAGCCAGGCUGUGUACUGUGUGGAGAAACUGGGGAUUCCAGCGGAGAGGGUGAAUCCUAAUGGAGGUGCCAUUGCUCUCGGACAUCCGCUGGGUUGCACCGGGGCGCGUCAGGUGGUCACCUUGCUCAAUGAGCUAAAACGCCGGGGCAAACGGGCCUAUGGGGUGGUGUCCAUGUGCAUUGGGACCGGAAUGGGGGCCGCUGCUGUCUUUGAGUAUCCGGGGCCUUAGAAGAAGACCGGAGAUCACGGGUUGCUGUUGUAGUUGCUCGUAUAGUGAGCGAGAGAGCAGUUUGAUAAUGAACUUGAUGGUUAACACAACUAAAGGUUGUGGGGGGAAACUGCACCUGUGGUUCCUUUCAGUGCUGAUCACUUUAAAACUGUACUGGACCCUCUUCUAACCUCAUCCUCCUGCACAGAAGCCAGUCUACCUAAUGUGCAUUCCCUGUGGGGACCAUUAUAAGUGCCUUCAACUUUAGUGUAGUAAUUCUUUUUUUCUGGGGGGGUAUGUUUUUCUCCCUGAUUGUAUCCGGCCAAUUACCCCACUCUUUCGAGCCGUCCCGGUCGCUGCUCCACCCCCGCUGCCAAUCCGGGGAGGGCUGCAGACUACCACGUGCCUCCUCCAAUACACGUGGAGUCGCCCGCCACUUCUUUUCACCUGACAGUGAGGAGUUUCACCAGGGGGACAUAGCGCGUGGGAGGAUCACGCUAUUCCUCCCAGUUCUCCCUCCCCCCUGAACAGGUGCAGCGACCAGGAAACAUACCCACAUCACGCUUCCCACCCGCAGACACGGCCAGUUGUGUCUGUAGGGACACCCGAGUAGUAAUUCCUUUUAGUGUUGCACUGAAAUGCUUUAACAUGUGCAGAGAAAUAAGCAAGUGUACUGAGAGUAUUUUACUGAUGAUCUUUUGAGAUUGCUAGUCUGAGCACCUGUGAACCAUUCCAAAAUGUGGAUUUUGUUUUGACUGCAAAAUGAACGUGAUCUAAUUGUAGUCUGUCAGCAUGGCUGUAUGAGUUAAUGUGAAAUCUGGUAAAAGUUUGGAACCCAAAAAAUAAUAAAAAAGGAUUGAAUGGA